AAUCUCAAAGAUCCAAAUUAUGAAAAGAAAGUAGUAAGUUAUAUUAUUUCAGUUUUCAUUUAAUCUUUUAAAUUUAAUGUUGAUACUGUUUUCUAGAGAAAUUAUUUUAAAAAAAUUAUUGGUAAUAUUCCUGAUACUAGUAAUGGUUUGGAUACCUGCUAUAGUAUUGUAGAUUAUUUUUUUGAGAAAAAAUUUAUGGUGCAGUGUUCGUGGACGGGAGGAAGUAGAAGCAACACUGAAAAAUGUUGUAUUAAAAAUUGCAAAAAUAUUUUAGAAGUGUUUUUUACAAUAGUCCAAAGUUCCAAUAAAGAUUUUUCGAAGGCUUUGUUGAAAAAAUUUAUAAUUGGAAUUACAAGAAAUGCAAAGAAGCGUAGUUUAACUGGAGGCAUCCGCCAAUCUUCAAUACAUAGAAGAAAAAAAUCAAUGGUUAAAAAACAACGUUUAAGUGGAAACAGAAAAGGUGUUGCUCAAAGACAAGGCGAAAAUGAAAUUUUUUAUGAAAAUGAGCAAUCAUUUAAUGAAGAAAAAGAAUAUGAUGAAGAUAACGAUGAAUAUGGUAUGGAAAAAUAUGAAGCUGACGGUGAAGAUGCUAUAAAAGAACAUGACGAGGUUGAAGAGGAAGAUAAUAAUGAUACAGACACGGACUAAAAGAACAUUUUUAUUAAAAAAACUUUUUAAUUUACAUUCAAGUUUUGUUUAUUUUUAAUAGUGUGUAGAAGAGGAAUAAAAACAAUUUUACUUUCA